CUUUAAUGUGCAAUCUGUUUUCUCCAGCGGAGGGCACUCAGUGUAUCACAAACUCGAGCAUUAGCACCGACCAGCUCUGAGCACCAUCACUCUCUGGAAAGCCUUCUGAAUUAGACAAGGGCUGCCUCUCAGCACAGCUACAAAACACUUUCAACCUGACCAGCUAAAUGGAUAAACCUAGCCUGCAUAGCUUUUAAACUGGGGUCUCGCACAGCACAGGCGGCCUGUUUGCUUCAACAGCUGAAAAAUCCUGAGGAUGAAUUGCUUUAUCUGGGAAUGGCAAAAGCCCGCACAAUAAGGAAUGCCAGUUUACAUGGGGCUACUGGCUCACAUGCGAGCUCAGAACGGUUUGAAUGACAGCUGCACUGAGUCAUGAAGGUGGUGGUGAUUUCUACAGGAGAGACCAAAUAAGAAGAAAGCUGAGAGAGGGGGGCAGACGUUUUUUGGAUGACAAAGGAUGGGUUUCCGUCUAAUCACGCAGCUGAAAGGCAUGAGUGUGCUUCUGGUGCUAUUUCCCACCCUGCUGCUGGUUAUGCUGACCGGGGCGCAGAGAGCUUGCCCAAAGAACUGCAGAUGUGAUGGCAAGAUUGUAUACUGUGAGUCUCACGCCUUUGCAGACAUCCCUGAGAACAUUUCCGGAGGGUCACAAGGUUUAUCCUUAAGGUUCAACAGCAUUCAGAAACUCAAAUCCAAUCAGUUUGCCGGCCUUAACCAGCUUAUAUGGCUUUAUCUUGACCAUAAUUACAUUAGCUCAGUAGAUGAAGAUGCCUUUCAAGGGAUCCGCAGACUGAAAGAAUUAAUUCUAAGCUCCAACAAAAUUACCUAUCUGCACAAUAAAACAUUUCACCCAGUCCCCAACCUCCGCAACCUGGAUCUCUCCUACAACAAACUUCAGACCUUACAAUCUGAGCAGUUUAAAGGCCUCCGGAAACUUAUCAUUUUGCACUUGCGAUCUAAUUCUCUAAAGACUGUGCCCAUAAGGGUUUUUCAAGACUGCCGGAACCUUGACUUUCUGGAUUUGGGUUACAAUCGUCUCAGAAGCUUAUCUCGAAAUGCAUUUGCUGGUCUUCUGAAGUUGAAAGAGCUUCAUCUGGAGCAUAAUCAGUUUUCCAAGAUCAACUUUGCUCAUUUUCCUCGUCUCUUCAACCUGCGGUCCAUUUACCUGCAAUGGAACAGGAUCCGCUCUGUCAGUCAAGGCCUAACGUGGACCUGGAGUUCCUUGCAUACCUUGGAUUUAUCAGGGAAUGACAUCCAAGCAAUCGAGCCUGGCACGUUCAAAUGCCUCCCCAAUUUGCAGAAAUUGAAUUUGGAUUCCAACAAGCUCACCAAUGUCUCCCAGGAGACUGUCAAUGCGUGGAUAUCCUUAAUAUCCAUCACCUUGUCGGGAAACAUGUGGGAAUGUAGUCGGAGCAUCUGCCCUCUCUUCUACUGGCUGAAGAACUUCAAAGGGAAUAAAGAAAGUACCAUGAUAUGUGCAGGGCCUAAGCACAUACAGGGUGAGAAGGUUAGCGAUGCUGUGGAGACUUACAAUAUCUGCUCUGAUGUCCAGGUGGUCAACACAGAAAGAUCACACCUGGCGCCUCAAACUCCCCAGAAGCCCCCGUUCUUCCCCAAACCUACCAUCUUCAAAUCGGAUGCCAUCCCAGCCACACUGGAGGCAGUGAGCCCAUCCCCGGGCUUUCAAAUUCCAGGUACGGAUCAUGAGUAUGAGCAUGUGUCUUUUCACAAAAUCAUUGCAGGGAGCGUGGCUCUGUUCCUCUCGGUGGCCAUGAUUCUCCUGGUGAUCUAUGUGUCUUGGAAACGGUACCCAGCCAGCAUGAAACAACUCCAACAGCACUCACUUAUGAAGAGGAGACGGAAAAAGGCGAGGGAGUCCGAGAGACAAAUGAAUUCCCCUUUACAGGAAUACUACGUGGACUACAAGCCGACGAACUCUGAGACCAUGGAUAUAUCGGUUAAUGGAUCUGGUCCCUGCACAUAUACCAUCUCUGGCUCCAGGGAGUGUGAGGUAUGAACCGUGAUCCUCCUAAAACCAUUUCCACUGCGGGGAAGGAGAGGUAAAUGUUUGAGGCUCUAGUGGUGUAUCUAAUCACUAGAAAGAUUAACGACCCUUUUGCUUUGGGGUUUUGCUCAGUGUGAAAGGUUACUUAAUUAAAUUGCAACCACCAGGAAACUGACUACUUUAAAAAAAAAUGGUUGAAACUUGAAAGAAAAUCAUUCAAGGAUGGGAUUAAGUUGUAAUAAAAUGCUAUGUUAAAACACCUGGGUUUUUUUUUUAGUUGUUUUGGGGUUUUAUGUUGUUAUUUUGUUUUUGUUUUUGUUUUCCUCUAAAAUAGUUUGUAUAGAGAGGUUGGACUUAGAAACAUGAAUUCUCAUAAACAAAACCAUUCUGAAAUUUAUGUCUUGUUCUUGGUGAUUGAUUUUUUUUAAUGGAGUGAGGAUGGAAGAACCAGCUUAAUUUAAAAUCCACUAAGUUAACCAAAAUGAUAGGAGGCAGUGACGAUUUAAACCAAAGAGCAUCUGACCCAAGGUUUGACUUAUUUUGCUGUUAAUUUUUAGGUUGAAUUAAAGCAUGCCACCAGGAAGUCACAGCCAUGUCUCAUGUGUUUUGCUCAUUGUUAUACCAGCAUAGAGAACAUCUAAGGCCUACUGUAGAAUUGUAUAGAAUUGUCGCACAAGUCUAAGGACAUUUUCUUCCUACUGUUUUUUGCUUUUCUUUUGUUUUUAAUUACUAGGACAUGGAUCACUUUCCAAAGGUUUCUUAAGUGCUGGUUAUGUGUGUUACUCUAGAAGGAAACUGAAUUUCCAUAUUUCGCCUGUUCCUCUGGUAACUAACAGAAAGUCAACUUCUAGGGGAUGACUUGCUAGUAACAUAAGGACAGGCAUGACAGGGACUGCUUGUCAUCUUUGCUGUCAUCCUCAAAAGAAAGGGCAUAAACUCUUGUUAAAUUGACCCAAAACUAAAUGAUGCAAAUAUUUAUGAAUAAAAGGUGUAACUUUGGCUGGGGUUUUUUUUUAUUUGCAUAGAAUUCUCAAAGGGAUGUCUGAGUUUCAUGUUGAAUUCUUUUCAUUUAUAUGAGAAUAAGUUUGGUCCAGUUUCUGAGUAUUUAAUUUAAAAGGUCACUUACCAGAACACAUUACAUGAAUAGAACAGUGUUCACCCACUUCCAUUUUCUGAUUGAAUUAUACUGGAUGUAUGUUGUUCUUUCAUUGGUAAAAUAAUAACUAUGUAACAGCCAACUGUAAGGUUUUGUUGCCAGAAUACUUUAGAGAAUAGAGGGUUGUUCUGGCAAUUGACUCUUUUAGUAUCUGAUAAUAGAUGGUGUUUUCAAAAGUGAGUUUUAACGAGUGUUUAAAGAUGGUGCUCUUUCUAAUGCUUUUUAGAAGACAUAAUCUGUUCUUUGGUAACAUAUACCAAGUUUUCCACAGACAUAAAUCCAUACCUUAAUGGGAGUGUUUUCAGAUGCUGCAGUGAAUUUGAAAUAAUCUCAAACGUAGUACAGCUUGGACUUUUUGAACUGUUCUUUGCUGAGUUUGUUUUCUCUUUCUUGCUCUCUUUUUUUCUCAUUUGUGUAUUAUUGAAAAUAAAAGACAUAAUCCCAAAUAAUAAACCCCCCAAAGAAACCUGUAUAAGUGAUUGCCCUUAAAAUUUAAAGAGAAUAAAAACUUUCUAUGAAAGUCUAA